AUGGAUACUUCAACAGAAUUAACUGAAUCUGAAUCAAAUUUACAGCUUCAUUUGGAUACAAGCCAUGAUGAAAAUGAUGUAUCAUUAACAAAUGACCCUGAACUCGAGCCGACCCUGGCCAACAUAGAAAAGGGAAUAUCAUCGUCACCAAAACAGGAGACUGAAUUUAACGAGGCAGAUCAUGAAAAUGAUUUGGAUACGAGCCAUGAUGAAAAUGAUGUAUCAUUAACAAAUAACCCUGAACUCAAGCCGACCCAGGCCAACAUAAAAAAGGGAACAUCACUAGAGCAGGAGACAGAAUCUUGCGAGGCAGAUCCAGAAAAUCGAGAUUCGGCUGAUGGCGAAGAAAACCAGGAUAACAAAGUAGAUGAUAUUGAUAGUGAUGAAGAUCAAAACCAUGACUCGUCUGAGGAAGAACUUGAUCGUCCAAUAAAGAAAAAACUGGAUGUUAAAACCAAAAAACGUAAACGUUCAAAUGAUAGCAUUGAAGAUAGCUCAUCAUCAGACAAAGGAGAGGAAGAAAGAAGAAAAACAAAAAAAAGUAAAAGUGAGAAGCAGUCAGGCCAGAAAUCAACACAAGAGAGCUCAAAGAUUUUGAAAUUGAAAAAGUAUUUGGCUGUUGCUGGAAUAAGGAUACAGAAUUAUGCAAAGGUAUUUGAAGGAUGCAAAUCAAAAAAGGCAAAGGAGGCAAAACUGUUGGAGAUGCUGGAAGAGCAGGGCCUGAAAGGGAAGCCAACACUUGAAAAAUGCAAAAAAAUGAGGAAAAAAAUUGAAGCAAAAAAAGAAGUUGCUGAACUGGAUCUAUGCAACAUAAUUGACUACAAUGGUUCAAGUCGAGGAAAAACAACUCGAACAACGAGGAACAGAUUGAAACCAAUUGAUACUAAUAAACAAGACAUAAAAGACCCAUUUGGAAAUUUGUAUGGUAUCAUUGAUUCUGAAGAAGAAAGCGAUACUUGCAAAAAGGAGGAAAUAAAUGCUGGUAAAAGGAAAAUUAGAGUCAUUGAAAGUGAAGAUGAAUCCUUUAGGGAAGAAAUUGAAAAUGAGGCAUACUGAAAUCUUGUCCAGGUCCAGUUGGACAACAUUUAUGGCCUUUGAGACAUGUAUAAAUGUUGAAUGACAUGCAAUUAACAAGGACAACAUUCUUAAACUAACACACAGGUUAAAAAAGCCACAGUGUUUUAAUUUUUAUUUUGGUUUUGAAGUUAGUUUCAAGAUCUCCCUCUCCUCACCUGUCAAAAUCAGACCUGGGUCUUCUUGACAAAACACAAUUACUGGAUUCAAAAACAAAGAAAGAAUCAAAGUUAUCAAUUGUAUAUAAUUUUAAGUAUUCACUUGUAUAUUCAUGAUUUAUGAUGUUUCAGAUGCAGUUUUAGAUCCUUAAAAUAGUCUUCAAAAAAUACCUUAAUUUUAAUUACACAUAUAUGAAAAAUUGUUUCUUGAA